AUGUUCAACAAACGAUAUAAACAACAACAACAACAACAACAACAACCGGUAUCACCGUCCUCUUCUUCGUCUUCAGUUUCCACUAUAGUGCAACAGCACCACCAUCAGCACCACUCCCACCACACUGAUAUCCACAUCAGUCCAUCAUCUCCUGAUCUAUACUACAACACCUGCAAUAACAAGUACAACAGGAGAUCACAUAACGUCUUUGCUGACGACGAGUCUAAUUUCAUACAAUCAAACAUUAAACGCAGUAUUUCGGCAUUUUUACAAAGCAUGGGACAACAAAUAUCAAAAAACAACAACAGCAGCAGCUCCAACACUGACACAAAUAAUGUAGAUCAAGACAAACAACAGCCACCUAUUGGGAUGGCAUUGUCCUAUCACAAGAAAAGGGAGCCAACUAGCAGUAAAUUGAAGGCACAAUUUUCGGUAUCAGACUCCAAUCCACAACGACAACAGCUUCCACAACCAUCCGCUGCAUCUACGUCAACAUCUACACCUGCACCUACACCUGCACCGAUACGGCAUGAUAUUGCAUUGACUCCAACUACAUCACCUCCAGAGGAUAAUCAUCAUCAAUACCCUUCGGCAUUCUUUUUAAGCCCGGUUACUUCUAAUGAAUCAUACAAUUACUAUUCUGAUGAUGCAUCAAUGACUGAUGCCUACCCCCAAUUAGGACAUCAUCAUGAUUUUUCAGUUCACCACAUUCGUGGACAUCAAUCACAACAACAAUUUCUGGCUACGGUGGGGCCAGAAUUGACUGACGUUUCACCAGCGUCAUCUUAUGGCGAGGAGGAGGAGUCAAAUGUGGAAGGAGUUGAGGCUGUUUGUAAAGAAGGAACAGGCUCAAUUGCAGAACCAUCACAGCACCAGCACCAGCACCAGCACCAGUACCGCUAUUCAGAGCCACACAUACAAGAAGAGGUAUUUUCACCAUUGUUAUCCUUACCCAUGGAAAUCCUCAUUAGAGUACUUGAAUACGUUUAUGUUGAUACUGAUAUCUCAUCAAUAAACUCCAAUCUUGAAAACUUUGCCAACACAGUUCCAUUACUAUCCAAGAAAUUCCAUCAGUUAUCCCUUUGCUUCUUAUAUAAGUACACCAUAUUCAAUCGCCCUCAUUCAUUUGAAAAAUUCUUGCACAAUUUGCAAGCAAACCCCGUCAUUGGCAAAUACGUUGAGUUUAUGGAUUUCCAACAAUUUACAUCGAUUGGAUUGGGUCGCACUGGGAGAAUGAAUCAAGAAAUACAAAUGGUCACUUCAAGAACAAUAGCUCAUGCGUUAUCAAUGACGCCUAAUUUAGUGGAAUUUUUAGCUUCGGAGAAUAUUCAGGACGAUAUGGAUGUUGAAGUGUUGAAUAUCUUGUUCAAUAAGUUGCCUAAAUUGAAAGCAUUGGACUUCUGUGGUGCUAGCAGUGAAGCAUUUGCUAGAGCAUUUGACCAAUUAUACAUUGAAGACCAGUUACCCAUUACGAAAUUGUCUUUACAUGACUGCUCCAACAUAUCACAAAAUGUUUUGAACAAAAUUUUGACAAAUGCAACUCAUUUAACAAGAUUGGAUUUAAGUCAUACAGCAAUCACUUCAUCGAUUUUAUUAAACUUGCCACAAAACAUUCGAUUGACGCAUUUAUCGUUAGCCAGGUGUUCUAAAUUAACCACCAAAGAUUUGAUUCAUUUCUUGUCCACCCAUCAAGCCAUUUCAAAUGGAUCGUUACAGUGGCUCAACUUGCAAAUUGAUUCAAAUGUGGUUAGUCCACUUUCUGAUGUCUACUUGUUAUACACGUUGAAGCAUCUCAAAGCACCGGCAUUAAAGUACUUAAACAUUGGCGGAAUGCCAGUGAACUCAAGGAUCUUGUACACCAUCAAGACGAAAUUUUCUCAAUUGGUGAGUUUAAACAUUAGUCAUGCGUUGCAAGUUACUCUUGAUGAAUUGAAUGGAUUCAUGCAGGGUAACACCACCAUCAAGUACCUUGAUUUAACUGGUAUUAAGUCGCUUAAUAAAAAUGUGGUUACAUUCUUGCGCUGUAAUUUUAAUAGUGGUCUUGAAGCAAUUGAAUUUGAUUACAAGUCACUCUAUGAUUAUACGUCUAGAGGGGAUUGUUUCCGAGUACAACCCUUGCCCCAGCAGCAAUCUUCCUCGUCGUCAUCAAUGUCGUUAUCAAUAUCAUUUAUCGAAGAUACAAUAUAUUCACCACCACAGGUGUGGAAGUUUUACGAUAAUGAAGGUAGACGAGCCUGGAUAUAUAAGAUUACCGAAGAAGAGUAUCAUAAAAUCAUGACGCAGUCAAAUUUAGUAUAUUAUGACUUGGAAACGGGGCAAAAGAUCGUUACCAAGUUGAAAAAACCGCAAUUUUUGAAAUAUGCCGGACGUAAGGUCAAUUGUUCAAUCGGAUAUUAUAAUUUGAAUGGAUAUAAAGAUAAAAAGUUUGUUGAAGAUUGUUGGCCGGUUGAGUUUAAAACUACUAUGUCUGCUCCAGAAUUAACUGAUAUUCGUUCACCCAUCAACUUGGAAAACCUUCGUACAUACUUGUCCAAAGUAUCGUCGUCAUCACCACAGACCCAUAUUGGGUCAGUUGCCGAAAUCCCUCGUGAGUUCACCACUGUCAAGCAAUUCACAUUUGGUCAGUCUAACCCCACUUAUUACUUGGAAGAUUCUCAAGGUAGGAAAUUUGUCUUGAGAAGAAAACCCAGCCCUAAUGCUAAAUUGAUUUCGAAAUCGGCCCAUGCUGUUGAGCGUGAAUUUUUUAUCUUGAAUGGAAUCAACACAUUGAACCAAACCUCUACAUUGAAAGUGCCCGUUCCUCGCGUUCAUUUAUUAUGUGAAGAUGAAAGUAUCAUUGGAUAUGUAUUUUACCUUAUGGACUAUGUCAAUGGAAUCCAAAUUAAAAAUCCCGAAAUCCCCGGUGCUUCGCCACUGGAAAGAGAAGCCUAUUGGAAAAGUAUCAUCACCACAAUUGCUGCUAUCCAUUCAUUGAAUUGUGAAAAAUUGAUUGCAUUGUUGCCUCCACAACAUUUCCCCCAAUUUCAAAACAUUGAAAAAUUAAAACUGUCAAGCUAUUUCCAACGUCAAAUUAAAACCUUGUCAGGAAUCCAUAAAUUGCAGUCAAAACACGUUGACCCCAUUCCUGAUUUCGAAAAAAUCACUCAAUGGAUCUUGCAUCAUGCACCAAAAGAUCCACAACAAUUGACGUUGAUUCAUGGUGAUUUGAAAAUCGAUAAUCUUUUAUUCAACCCCACUACAAAACAAGUUUGUGGAGUGUUGGAUUGGGAAUUAUGUACCAUUGGCCACCCAUUGUUUGACUUGUCGAACUUCUUACAACCAUUUGAAUUCCCCAAUGUGUUGAAUAUCAUGAUGAAUCAUCCCAACAAGACCGAAAUGGGUAAAGAAAACCCUGAAUCACAACAAUUUUUAUAUCACCAAUUGCAAAACUACUCCAAAUUGGUGACUUGGGACAAGAAUGAUCCUUCAAACGAUCCAACAAAGUUGUGGAUCUUGGGCCAUGUAUUUGGUUUGUUGAGAUUGAGUGUCAUUAGUCAAGGAAUUGCCAUGAGACUGAAGUUAGGUAAUGCCAGUAGUGCUAAUGCGCAAGCAUUUGCUGGUAUGUAUCCUAUUUUGAGCGAAAUGGCAGUGGAAUACAUUGAUGAACAAGAAGAGAAGGCAAAAAAGUAG